GACACACAGUUUGGUGAAUAAAUUGGACCAGUGAGGUACCAAGAUCACGUCGGCGGUUGUCGACGCAUUUCAUUUAUUUCAAUGGAAAUUCUUAAGCUAUCGCUCUUCAUUGACAUUGUAUUGUAUUUGGUGCCCCUCCUACGAGCAGAUAUCAACCGAACGGGUUGUAAUCGCACAGUAGAAGCUGGUGAUGUUUUGGCAAAUCCCUUGUUGACCGGCUAUAAUAAAGGUCGACCCUACAAUUGCUGGUUUCUCGUGAAGCCUCGUGCUAAUAGUGCUCCAAAAGACGUUGCUCUCGUCAUUGUCCUAAAAUUCCAACGUUUCCAAUGGGGACAGCUCAUCAACGCUACGACCUGCAUCGGCGGAAAUCUUAAGAUAUAUGAUGGCCCGACGGCAUUGCAUGAUUCGGGCAAUCCCGGAUUCUACUGCGGGGAGAUCGAACGAAGCAGGUUAUUCAUCUCGGAGAACAAUAUGGUCAAAUUGCAUUUCUUCGCUGAGAGCUAUGACGAUCGCUACCAAUUUGCAGUUUACACGCGCCAGGAACAACAACAGCAACUGGUCGAGCGCUACGGACAUCAUCCUCCGCUCUACCCUCACCGAAGAGGACAACCUAUGACACCCGGUUCUUUAUCUUGCGAUCGAGAAUUUACUGACUGUCGAUUGCAGACGUGUUUUGUCCAGUCACCAAACUUCCCAGGUGUGUAUCCUCGUAACCGCCGCUGCCUUUAUCACGUUAGCACACGGCAGCCGUUCAUCAAGCUUUUUACCGAAGACGGAGAAUUCAACGUGGAUGGACAACGAUGCGAUAAUUACAUAAUGUGUCCACUUCGCCCUAUAGGGGAAGAAAUUUGUCCUCAUGAUUUUAUCAGGGUGUAUGACGGCAACAGCGAAUCCGCUGUGGUAAUUGGUACAUUUUGCGGCAUUGGCCGUUUCCCUUUUUCUAUUGUUGGCACAGGGACAGAUCUUCUGCUAGAAUUCGUUUCUUCUGCGGCUGGGCCAUUGCUAAAUACCGGUUUCCACUUUAAUGUGGACAGCUGGCCGGGGAAUGUUGGCAGUGUUUUCAAUCAGCACAUGGUCCAACAACCGAACGAAAAAUCAACAAACGAUUCUAAACACAAUCCAGUUUGCAGCUACGUACUGACAAGUGCAUCAUUGGAAGGCAGUGGGGAUUCAGAGGGAUUAUUCCUUUCGCCCAUGCACUGGUACCUGCCCAACACCGUUUGCACGUACCUUAUAACAGGGAAACCAGAGCAAAUCGUCCGGGUCUAUUUCCCGACAUUCCGCAUUAGCAAACCCGAUGCUCCUAUUAAGCAACCGACGGGUGACUGCAGCGAAUCGUUGACUAUUUAUGACGGAAAUACGGCUAAUCCAGCACGAAUUAUCAAAACAUUUUGUGACACCUUUUCGAAGCCAUUAGAACGAAAGGAUUUUCUGUCAACGGGCAACUCCAUGUUCAUUCGCUUUCACAGUCGAAUUGGAUCGUACAGUGGUUCUUCCAUCAACUUCUGGGCCCAUUACGACUUCUUUAACAAUAGUCAGCCUGAAGGACUUAAAACUGCUGACAGCGAUUGUGACGUCGUUUAUGAGCCGGCCACCCGUACCUCAGGUCAAUGGAUUUCACCGUUCAACACCCUGCUAUUUAAACGUUCGGCAGAUUCCUCUGACCUUAAAUGCCGCUACACCUUUCAGGGUAACCGACGCAGUUCUAGUCGAGUAAUGUUGACUCUGCAAAGCGUCAAUUUGAAGUCUGUAGCAUAUCCUUGUGCGGAUCGUUUGAUUUUCCGAGAUUUGAAAAACGAUUUGACCAUACUCGACGUUAGCGCUAACCGGCUUAAAGCCACGGGCAAUUAUACAAGCACGAGAGGCAAGGGCUACCUUUGUCAAUUGCAGUUCCAGAUGGGGAACAUGUCCACACCUGCACGGAUACUUUCCUCGACGCCCAGUUUGUUAGCCGCGCUUCAUAUUGAUGCUUUACGAUCCACUUCACUCUAUUUCAAGUCCAGUGUACCUGUUUUCAGUGGGAAAUACGAUUUUAUUCACCCAUUAUACAUUUGUGGAUCACCCCGCCCUAAUGUGACGGUGGACGGCGUCAUUAACUUACCACAAUAUUUCGAGGACGGUGACGUGGUUAGUCCGUUAAUAUGUGCAUGGGAUUUCGUAAUUCAACGGGAAAGCAAAAAAAUUGCGGGAAACGAAACAGCGGCCAUGACGUUAAACGUGGAAGUUUCCGGUUUGCUCAACUUAACACGAGUACAAAAAAUGUCACAAUGCGGCGAUCCAAACGGUAACUUAGUUGAGGUGACCGUGCCUGGAAACGAAACGCCGCUUCUGCUGCUCUGUUCUAAGCCCGAAAGGCAUAAUGAUUUUUAUAAAGGAAUACGGCUGAGAGAAGGAUUUGACGAUUUGGACAUUAUGAAAGAAACUCACUAUCAACCCGACGUCAACUAUGAUUACAUGAAGUCGUCCGGAUUUAGUACUUCUCUGCCUCUAUUUCAUUCGAAAUUACCACACCAUAAAGCAGUAAUCAUCGUAAAGCUGAACAACUUGAAAACUAGUUAUGGGGUUCGAAUUUCGUGGUCAGCUGUGCACUAAUAUAUGUUGACCCGCAUUCGCGGUGGAUUGGUUGCGUACGUCGUUGGUGAAAUUGAGUUGUGUAUGCGUUAUGAAGUAAA